AUGUGCCGAUCACUAGGAGGAGCAUUAAGGGCACGCCGUAUGCAACUUCUCAAUGGCUUGCACAACAGAUCCUUUAAAGAGAGACUGCCUGCGCCGCUCGCUUCUCUCCAAGAAACAAGAACGCACUCGAGGGAAUGCGUGGCAAGGCCGCGAUUUCGAUUUCAAAAGGGCUCAGAGGCGUGUGUAAACGUUGCUUUCCGUGGAUACGUGCACAUCAGCACGCUGGGCGAACAGAGCAAGGGCGACACGCCUUCCGGAACUGAGAGCGCCUCUCGAGACACCUCCGGCACGAGCAGCAUUGGCGCGAAUCCGCGUUUUUCUCUGUUCUCUUCAGAUGUGCUGGCUCUCCCUUCUUCUCAGGCCGUUCUGCACUUUGCCAAUCAUAUAAAUCCUGCCUACCUCUUCAAUAAACAUGACCUGCUGCUUUUCCUGCAGCAGCUCGCAGUCCUCCAGCACGUGCGCAGCAGUGGCAGGAGCUUUUGCAUCUUUUGGAAGCGAGCAGCGGCAGCCCUACUUCUGCACAAAGACGACGGCAGACUGCUGCGCCUCGCCUUUCUGAAACUUGCAGAGGCAAAGUGCUCCUCCGCCUGCUUUGACCUCCUGCCGCUGGUGCAACUGCAUUCGAAGAGUUACAGCGCCUUGGAGCUGGCUGACCUCUUUUGGCAACUCUCUGUGCUCUCGCUCCCUUUAGACCGCGCUGCUGCCACGCACGCAGCCGUCGCAGCAGUGGCAACGCCCCCCGGAGCAGCUGAUGCUGCAGCUUCUGACAGGGUUCUCCUGUUUAGGGAGGCGCUGCUGCAGCCCUUGACGCGCAAGAGGAAGAUUCUGGAGAGCAGCCUUACUCAGCACCAGCAGCGGCUCAUCGUCUACAGGCUUAUCUACGGAGCCGCAAAACAAGGGCUCAAGAUUCGAGACGCUCCAGAACUCUUUCCACCAAUCAUCGAUCAAGCAUGUGAUCUGCUGGAGCCUCGUGCUACGCGCGGAGAUGGAAGCCAUGACGUCUUCUCCGCGUCUCAGACGGUGCGAAUCGUCUGGGGAUGUGCUGCCCUGCAAAGCUCCAACAGGAAGCUUUUUGAAAAAGCUCGAAGCCGCAUACUUGAGUGCGUAGAUGACUUUUCAUAUGAGGAACUCCAGAUUCUCCUACAAGUUUUUCAAGCAAUCGGGCUCGCAGACAACAUUCUUCUAGGGGCCCUUCAAUCAGCUCUGAAGCAAAUAUCCUCCCUCACCCGGGGAGUGUCGACUGUUUCUACUGCCCGUCGAAAAGGAUUCAAAAGGAAAGAGAAGAGAGUGUCCAUGACAGACCAUCUACCAUCGUAUCCGCUAUCACCCAAACCUUAA